AUGCUCGAUCCGCAGCCAAGCAACCACCAGAUCCAUCAACCAAGACACUGCGGCCAUGGAAGCCUGUUAAUUACCAUCAAAUUCGUCAAUUGGGGCACACUGAAGAGAAAGACAGCUAAGGUUUCGACAUUCUGCCACAAUCAAGAAGCGAAGGUGGUCACGGCUUAG